GGCAGGGCAGGUGGGCUAGGCUGUGCCGGGUUGCGAAGGGGGAGAAUAACGUCGGGUCGGGUCAGCGGGUGCUGCAGUAGUCGCCGCAGCGGCGAUGGGAGCGGUGGGGACCAGGCGGCGGCGGCGGCGGCAGGAGGAGGAGCAGGGGCUGGCACAACAGCAGCGGCUGGGGGCGGCCAGCAGCAGCAGCAGUAACAGCAGCAGCCGCCGUCGCCGCCAGUAAACGCGGACGGUACCCGAGGGGACUACCCAGCCGGCCGGCGCUCGAAGCCGCGCUCGGGUCCCACCGCAUUGGGCGGCGGGGGAUGGGCAGGCGGCGGACGUCCCGCCUGCUGAGGGUUGACCCCUGCCCGUCCCGGCCCUGAGCUAGACUCGAGCCCUCCGCCCGAAAUCCCUGCGUCCGCCAGGGCCCAGGUUAAAUGGAAACCACCCUUGGGAGCUGGAUGCCUGUGUAGCCAUUCUGCCACAUCAGUGAAUUGCAAUGAGUGGAGGAGGAGAGCAGCCAGAUAUCCUGAGUGUUGGAAUCCUGGUCAAAGAAAGAUGGAAAGUGUUGAGGAAGAUUGGGGGUGGGGGCUUUGGAGAAAUUUACGAUGCCUUGGACAUGCUUACCAGGGAAAAUGUUGCACUGAAGGUGGAAUCAGCUCAACAACCAAAACAAGUUCUGAAAAUGGAGGUUGCUGUAUUGAAAAAACUACAAGGGAAAGACCAUGUUUGUAGAUUUAUUGGAUGUGGGAGAAAUGAUCGAUUCAACUAUGUGGUCAUGCAGUUGCAGGGUCGGAAUCUGGCGGAUCUACGUCGUAGCCAGUCCCGGGGCACAUUCACCAUUAGCACUACUCUUCGAUUGGGUAGACAGAUUCUGGAGUCUAUUGAGAGCAUCCAUUCUGUAGGAUUCUUGCACCGAGACAUCAAGCCGUCUAACUUCGCCAUGGGUCGCUUUCCUAGUACGUGUAGGAAAUGUUACAUGCUUGAUUUUGGCUUGGCUCGACAGUUUACCAAUUCCUGUGGUGACGUGAGACCACCUCGAGUUGUGGCAGGCUUUCGAGGGACAGUUCGUUAUGCAUCAAUCAAUGCUCAUCGGAACAGGGAAAUGGGAAGACAUGAUGACCUUUGGUCCUUAUUCUACAUGUUGGUAGAAUUUGUGGUUGGUCAGCUGCCCUGGAGGAAAAUAAAGGACAAGGAACAAGUUGGCUCUAUUAAGGAGAGGUAUGACCACAGGCUUAUGUUGAAACAUCUGCCUCCAGAAUUCAGCAUCUUUCUGGACCACAUCUCCUCCUUGGAUUAUUUUACAAAACCAGACUACCAGCUUCUUACAUCCGUGUUUGACAACAGCAUCAAGACCUUUGGAGUAAUUGAGAGUGAGCCUUUCGACUGGGAGAAGACUGGAACUGAUGGCUCCCUCACAACCACCACCACUUCUACCACCCCUCAGUUGCACACCCGCUUGACCCCUGCGGCAAUCGGAAUUGCCAAUGCCACGCCCAUCCCAGGAGACUUGCUUCGAGAAAAUACAGAUGAAGUGUUUCCAGAUGAACAGCUUAGUGAUGGGGAAAAUGGCAUCCCUGUUGGUGUGUCACCAGAUAAAUUGCCUGGAUCUCUGGGACACCCUCGUCCCCAGGAGAAGGAUGUCUGGGAAGAGAUGGAUGCCAACAGAAAUAAGAUAAAGCUUGGGAUUUGUAAGGCUGCUACUGAAGAGGAAAACAGCCACGGUCAUGCAAAUGGUAUUCUGAAUGCUCCAAGCCUUGGUUCGCCAAUUCGUGUCUGCUCAGAGAUUACUCAGCCAGACAGAGAUGUUCCAUUGGUGCGAAAGUUACGUUCCAUCCACAGCUUUGAGCUGGAGAAACGUCUGGCGCUGGAGCCAAAGCCAGAUACCGACAAGUUUCUUGAGACCUGCUUGGAGAAAAUGCAGAAAGAUUCCAGUGCAGGAAAGGAAUCUCUUCUCCCUGCUCUGCUUCAUAAGGCUUGUAUUCCUGCUGUGUCCCGUACUGACCACAUCUGGCACUAUGAUGAAGAAUAUCUUCCAGAUGCUUCCAAGCCUGCGUCUGCCAACACCCCUGAACAGGCAGAUGGUGGUGGCAGCAAUGGAUUUGUAGCUGUUAACCUGAGCUCCUGCAAGCAGGAGGUUGAUUCCAAAGAAUGGGUGAUUGUGGACAAGGAGCAGGACCUUCGGGAUUUUAGGACAAAUGAGGCUUUAGGCCAUAAAACAACUGGAAGCCCUUCCGAUGAAGAGCCCGAAGUACUUCAGGUUCUAGAGGAAUCACCUCAAGAUGAAAAGCUCCGAUUGGGUCCUUGGGCAGAAAAUGAUCAUUUAAAGAAUGAAACCUCAGGUGUGAUCUUAGCACUUUCCAGGGAGUGCCCUGGCACUGCUGCUUCGGAACAAUAUGCAGAUAGGCUGGAACUCCAGGCUGGAGCUGCGAGUCAGUUUAUUGCAGUGACACCCACAAGUCCAAUGGAGGCCCAAGCGGACGGACCCCUCACGGCGAUUACAAUUCCUAGACCUUCUGUGGCAUCUACACAGUCGACUUCAGGGAGCUUUCACUAUGGUCAGCAGCCAGAGAAGAAAGGCCUUCAUCCCAUGGAGCUCACUGUGGAGCUUUACUCUCCCAGGGAGAACCUCUCUGGCCUUGUUGUAACAGAGGGCGAACCUCCUAGUGGAGGAAGCAAAACAGAUUUGGGGCUUCAGAUAGAUCAUAUUGGUCGUGACACGUUACCCAAUAUUAGAGAGUGCGACAAAUCCCAAGACCUGGGACCAAAAGACCUUCCUGACCAUAAUAGACUGGCUGGGAGAGAAUUUGAGAGUCUUCCUAGGGAAACAGAAGAGAAAAGCAUUCUUCUAGGAUCAGAUAAUGAAGAUGAGAAGUUAAAUAAAGGGCGGCAUUAUGUUGAGAUCUCCUCUCUCCCCAGAGACCUGGUAACAGUGGAGAGGGAUCACUCAGCUACUACUGAACCUCUUGAUGUGACAAAGACACAGACUUUUAGUGUGGUGCCAAAUCAAGACAAAAAUCAUGAGAUAAUGAAGGUUCUGGCAGCUGGAACUUCAGAAAUACUUCCACAAGUUAUUGACCCACAUGUUGAAGGACAGAUAGGCCAGGUGGCUGCAAUGCAAAAAAGUAAACUAUCUAAAGAUUAUGAAAUCAAGAGUGAAGACUUGCCGAGUCAUCAAGGAGAUCUGUCUACUUUUUUGCACCAAGAGGGUAAGAGAGAGAAAAUUUCUCCUCGAAAUGGAGAACUAUUUCAUUCUGUUUCAGAGAGUGAACAUUGUCCACCAUCCCGGAAGGAUGUGGUUAGGUCAUCCUUUGUAACUAGACACAGCCGAAUCCCUGUUUUAGCACAGGAGAUAGACUCAACUUUUGAAUCAUCCUCUCCAGUCUCUGCAAAAGAAAAGCUCCUCCAAAAGAAAGCUUAUCAGCCAGAUCUAGUCAAGCUUCUGGUGGAAAAAAGGCAACUCAAGUCUUUCCUUGGGGACCUCUCAAGUGCCUCUGAUAAAUUGCUAGAGGAAAGACUAGCCACUGUUCCUGCUCCCUUUGCUGAGGAGGAACUCUUUACUCCCUUUUCAAGACUGGCUGUAGAAUCACACCUGAGCAAGUCAGCUGAAGACAGCUUUCUGACACCCAUCAUCUCCCAGUCCAGAAAGAGCAAAAUUCCAAGGCCAGUUUCAUGGGUCAACACAGAUCAAGUCAAUAGCUCAACUUCAUCUCAGUUCUUGCCUCGGCCACCACCAGGAAAGCCACCUGUGAGGCCUGGAGUAGAAGCCAGGCUCCGCAGAUAUAAAGUCCUAGGGAGUAGCAAUUCCGACUCAGACCUUUUCUCCCGCCUGGCCCAGAUUCUUCAAAAUGGAUCUCAGAAACCCCGGAGCACUACUCAGUGCAAGAGUCCAGGAUCCCCUCACAAUCCAAAAACACCACCCAAGAGUCCAGUUGUCCCUCGCAGGAGUCCCAGUUCCUCUCCUCGAAGCUCUUCCUUGCCUCGCACAUCCAGUUCCUCACCAUCCAGGGCUGGACGGCCCCACCAUGACCAGAGGAGUUCAUCCCCGCAUCUGGGGAGAAGCAAGUCACCUCCCAGCCACUCAGGAUCUUCCUCCUCCAGGAGGUCCUGCCAACAGGAGCAUUGCAAACCCAGCAAGAACGGCCUGAAAGGAUCCGGCAGCCUCCACCACCACUCGGCCAGCACUAAAUCUCCCCCAGGGAAGAGUAAGUCAGCCAGUAAACUCAGCAGAUAAGAGCCGGGCUGCAUCCUUGUGAAAGGUGUGAGAUCUUCCUCCUAAACUUGAUGCAUGUGUGUCUCUGUACUGUUUAUUUUAAAAAUCAGUGUUGAUCUUCUCUUGCAGAAGAAAGUAACAUGAUAAAUUAUUUAUAAGAAGAUAUAAAUACAUGAUAAGGAAUUAUCUAAGGCGGGCAGCAAGCAGAUCAGGAAUCAGUCAAUGCCUUUGCAUAGGAAUGGGCAAUCCAGCAAAAUCCAAGGGGCAGAAGCUGAUUAAAUGAACUCUCAUUUCUUAGCUGCCUUUGAAACAAAAAUGUUGAAGGUAGGAAGAGGAAUGGAAUUUCAAGGGGUUUAGCCUACUUUUAAAAAGGCCCUACUCAAAGAUUAUAUAGCAGAAGUGAAACUCCUCAUUUUAAUAUUCUCAUUCAAGACUUUCUGACCUUGGAGAGUCAGAAUUGCUCCAACGUUAGUGUCUGUUGCUAGGAAGCCAGUGCGCAUAUGCAUUUGGCUUGUGUGUUUAUCUGGUGUGUUGAGAGUUCACACCUUUACUUUGCCUCAUUCCUAGUUCCCUUCCUGAAGUUCUUAUUUUUUAAAGUUAGUGUUUCUCACCUGAUCCAGUCUCUCUGCUCUUAUUUUAACAAUACAUUCUAAUGUGCUUUUAGCAGCACAUGCUGAGAAUUUCAAAUCCAGUUACUUUUUUUAAUCCCCUAAUAUUUCUGUUUGGAGCAACAGUUCUUAACUCAGUGUAUUUUUAUUGUGAGGAAUAACUGAUGAAACUUAGGUAAAGGAAGGAAGAGUCUAAAUAGGGCUGCUUUGCCGGCGUUAGUGCUUUAAGAAGAGGGACAGAGUGGGGGUUAUAUCCUUCAAAAUAGGAGAACCCUCUUCUUUCCUGUUACUUUCCUCCUUGUGGACGAAAAACUGACCAGAGUAGACCUUGCUUCCUUAAGUUUUUUAGGUACCAACUAUUUCAAAUGUCAACCUCCAAGACAAUACCAGGGAAGUACGUUGCUGUGGAAUGUGACUUUAUGCUUUUAGAGCCUUAGAAAGAAAAAUAGAAACAAAUUAGGAAUGUUGAGGCUUAAAAUUCUCAAACUUUGUAUUUUAUACACUGAGCCAAUAAGGAAUGAGUAUCUGAGGAAAUAAAUUUAGGCUCAAUAUUUAUCUUUUAAUGUUUUAUUAUCUGCUUCUUCUGUGCUUUAGUUUGAAUAUUUGGGCUUCUUGACCUGAUUUCAAUGUAAUCUUAAUUUACAAAGCUGUAAGGAAGGCUACAUUUGUUCUGAUAUCACUCUUCUGCUAGCAGGAAUCAGGCAAAGUUAAAUUAUACUAGACUUUUUAAAUGGGCUUUUUUAUACUCUGUAGUUUUUGUGUUAUAAAGACCUUAUUAAGGUCAGGUGAAUUGGUCUGCUUGCUGUUGAAAUUUGCCUUCUAGCAAACACCUGUGCUUUCUCUUUGACCUUUUGUUUCCUGCCAAACCUGAUAUGGUUGAAUUGGAAAACAAAACAAAACAAAAAAAAGAAAGCUAUUUUCUCACCAAGUGAACAUAUUCUAAUGCUGCAUCAAAGCUGCCCUGAAGCUGCACUGAACUUACCUUGUUCUCUUUAUCUGUGUUGAGCUUUUUUUAAAAACAAAACAAAACAAAACAAAACUCGAAACACUACCGAGGCAUAUUAUGGUCUCCCAUAAGAAAUGUAGCAUAAUGUGGAAUCUCAAUUUCUCUCCGGUUUCAAGACUACAGAGGAAUGCAAUAGAUAGACAUAUCUGCUGUUUAACUAAAGCAACUGUAAUAUUGGAAGACCGAUCCUUCUGUAUUAUAUUGUAUAAUAGUUGCUAUAACACUACUUGCAUGUCUUCAUGGUAAAUUAUAUAAAUAUUUAUAAAUAUAUAGAGAAACAUAUGCUUAUAUAAACUCGUUCUUUUUCAUUCUCCAUUUGUAAUUUCAAGCUCACAGAUGGUGAAAUUACUUUUUAUUGUGUGCCUCGUGUACACUUGCAUAUCUUUAUUUUCUGAAAAUAUGUUCUUGGCAUGUGACAUUUCAGAUUCUUGCCUGCCUUGUGUAUAAUGCAAGGGUUGGCAGUCUUUAAUAAGCCAAGAUAGGUUAUUUAAUUUUCAUUUUUAAAAAAUUUUAAUAGGGGAAGAAUUACUGGGACAUGCUUGUAAUAUUGGUUCAAGGAUUUGUCAUGUUAAUCACAUAAUUCUGUCCUUAUGGUUGGAGUGGAUAAACUGGGAUGAUCAUGGGUCUGACAUACUGGUGUUUUUUUUAAGUCUCUUAAAAAUUACCACUCUGCUUCUUUUCACCUCACUUUUUUGGGGGGUGGGGGAGUAUUCUACAAUUAAGAAAUUAUCUUCUUUCUUCUGUUUUAUAAGCUAAUUAGUGCUAAAAGUAGCCAGCUUUAAAUCCUGACCCCUCUAAUCAGAAAUAUGCUCAUGGUAACAUAACUAUUUGAAAAACUAAUGAGGCUACAACUAUGGUAUGUGUGUUAUUUUAUUUCUUCCUGGCAUUUCUCUUCUAGCAGUCGAAACCAUCAAUGAUGGCAACAUGGCAGCUGAAUACUUUCUCUCUUUAUUCCUUCCACUUUUUCCCAGCUUUUCCACUAUGUUGUCCCCUUUUCUAAAUGGCACAGACAAACUGAAGAUCUGGAGAGAAACAGCCUCAUUGUGUAAAAAUAUUUUAUUUUGCAUGUAGAGAAGAGAGUUAACCAAAGAUAUUUCUGCUCUGAUACUUUCAAAUGAAGACAAAUUAUAUCUUAUGUAUCAAUAGAUUCACUUAAAAACACUAUCUUAUAUAGAGAUUUACUCUAUGGUUUUUAAAAACAUAGUUUAUGCUGUUAGAUUUUAGAUGUCUUGGGCUAAAAAGAGAAGUUGACAGCCCUGAGCAAAGCACUUUGGGCACAAGGAUUUUUGUUUUCGUUUUAUUUUAGAGUAUGAUACAAAAAAUGAGUUGGGUUCUUGUUGCUGUUAGUUAUUUUUUAUUUUUUAUUUUUUUUUUAGUGAUGGCAUACUUCAGAUUUCAGUGACAAACAAAGACCAUCCAAGUAAUUUUAAACUGUUUUGGUUAUUUUACCUAAGAUGAGGGACAUGGCCAUCAAAGUCAGGCUAAACUAUACUGAGUGGUAUGGGGCAGAAGUUAAAAUUAUCUCUUGAAAAUCAAGUGCCUCCUAGUUUCUCCUAUCACAACAAAGUUGCUAGUUACCUAGUCAUACUUGCCCCUACCCUCCGUUGUCUGUUCUCUGGAAUUACUCAGGUGGAACAGAAGAUAGAAUUAGCAACAGCUCAGUCCCUUUAGGUAACAUUCUUCCAAAAUUAUGCUGCCAGAUCUCCAGGGUGUACAGAUUGUUUGAAAUAUUCAAAUUCCACACAGCAGUCUUUUGCACAGUUUAAAGGCAUUUAACUUUGAUGUACAAUGAACAGAGAAGGACAAUUGGGUUAUAUCAAAUUUACACUUAAAGCACAGAUUAUAAACAUCGUUGAAUGGUAAAUCUUAACUAGGCACUCUUCAUUCUCAACUCAGUAUGCAAGCUGGCCUUGCUGACAGUGGCAUAGUUACAUUUACUGCUUUUAAGUUGCAUGUUGCAGAGUGUUUUUAAGUUGCCAAGUGAAUCAAAUUCUAAAUAAGUAGCAAAAUGGUAAUUGAAGCCCACUGUUGUCAUUAUCCACUUUAUAUAAUUUGCUUUAAAAUACUAAACAAAUAGCUGUUUACUAACCCAGUGGACCUAGGGUGCAGUGUUUCUUUCUGUUUUUCUCUUAGGCACCAUAGGAACUUGAGGUUCUUCAGUAAUCAUCAGAGAUUCCUUCUAGGCCACAGAUUUUUUUGGUGAAUAUUUCCAUGGUUAUAUUUCAAUCAACAAGGGAAAAGUGUACACUGGUGCAUGUUUUAUAAGCCCAGACACAGAUAGUUAAAACUGUAACUAGUUUUUCUGUAUCCAGUAGCUUUGAAUAAAAACAGAUGCUUUCCCUUCAAGAGCAGAGGAUUCUUUAUUCUAGGAACUAUAUUAGUCUAACAUUAGGAAUUGGUGAUAGGAGAAACAGGAUCCAGCAUUCAGAAUUUAGUGGCUUAGGGGGGAAAAAUGCAUCUUACCCUGGCUAUUUGAAGAUAUAUUUAUUUGUAGAUAAGUCUAGAUUUAGUCUUGAAGAUCAAAAUUUUUCACAUUUUAAAACUUUUUCAUUCCUUUAUAUCACAACAUUUAUAUCAAAACAUGGCGUAUGUUAGGGAACCAUUUCUUCUGUUAUGUUCAUGUGUUUUGGAAUUAAGUUAUUUGCAUUCACUCUUAAAGUCUGCCCAUUUCUGUUUAUGUGUAUUUACCAUAGAUGUGUUGGGACUUUGCCAAAAGGGAGAGAUAUUUACAACAACUGUAUUGUUUUAACUUUCUUCGGUUUGGUUCUGUCGACAGUUUAUUUGUAAAAUAGUUAUCUAUGUUCGAAUACAAAAAGUACUACAGGGUUAAGACACGUCAUUCAUUGUGGUGGCCGUCAUAUGUCAAUAUGUAACCCGAGUUCAGGAAUCACAGGUGCCUAUUUAGACCUUAACUUAGAGAAGGGAACAAGAGGCAGUUCCAGUCCUCAGACAAUAAGGAAGAAUAAAGGACAUGGAAAACCCCGGGUGACUGUUAGGACAUCCCUCUUACCCGUCUUCAUCCAGUAGAACUCUGGUGUGAACCUCAAGGAUGUGGGAAUAGUGUGGAAACAUAUCAUUGGAUAGUCUCAAGAGUUUGGCUGUCCCUCUGGAAUUAUGAGAAAUUUAACCCAAGUAGACUCAGGAGUCUGCAGAAUCUGUUGCUAACAUUGCUAGGGAGAACUGCGAGAGACACUUGGGGAAUCCCAUAGUCCUUGGGUAACUCUAGAACGUGGGACAAGGAUCCCUGUUCAUUUAAAAGGGAAUUUGGAUGCUGCACACCUCAAAUCCAAGGCUGGACAUGAAAUGAUGAUAUUAAAGUCUUGACCCAUCAAUACAUUUUCUAAGUCAGUUGGGAUUAUCUGCUCCGACUUUUAAAUCAUAAGCUUGAUAUUUAAUUCCUCCCCUUAAGCAAAUUUGGAUUAGGAAAUUAGAGUAUGUGACAAGACCAGACUCACCUUGAGGUGAUACACAAUCUCAAGACACUGAAUAGCCAAGUAGAAACCUUUACUAAGUAAUGAUUUGUGUAUUUCCUUAGAUUUUGCUGGAUCCUUGGUCUUAAGGAGGCAAUGUAAAGGAAGUGAAGCCUUUUUCUUCAUGGCCCUGUGAAACUUUAAUAGGAUCUGCCUCUUUAAUUGGAAGUGACAGUGUGGGUGCAGUAUAUAUAUAUAUAUCACUGGUGAUACUGACAUUAUCUCUCAGAUACCCUGGGCUAGGGGUUCCUUGACGUAAAGAACAGGAUUCAGUUGGGGCAGGCUUUGAGCCCAUGUGACUAUAGAAUUUGCUGAUGACAUAAUUUUAUACACUAAUGAUAGGAAAUUUUCUCUCUUCAGUAGUUUAAUAUUGUUUCCUAUUGUAUACAUAAGUGUUCACCCACCCAGUUAAAAACACUGGGUAAACCAAAUUUUUAUAUCGACUGCCCUUACUAUAUGUUGCUUUUUAUUUCCCCCUUAAAAUACACAGUUUAAAUCUAUAAAAAUUCAUGCACAGCACUCCGCCAUACCUGGAGUCUGUCUGGGUGUUCUUAACGCAUCCAUAAGGAACAAACCUACCAGAGCUUGAAGGUGGUUUAUUUUAGGGAUCAACCCAGAGAGGAUUAGGAUUUUUUUCUUUUUAAAUUAUUCACCAGUUAGGUAAAUUUAGUUCACUAACGUAAAAAGCAUUCAGAAACACAAAAAUAGGAAGAUAAAGGAAAUAUACACUGUGCCACUUGGGGCUCUGAGGUUGGAUUGGGUGAAGUGAAUAAAGAAAAGAACCCAUGACCCAGGCUUGAGCUCCCUCGCUUCUCAUGCACAGUUCCUGGUCCUGCUCCUGACUCCUCUCCUAAAAUAGCCAGUGCUGGUUUCAUUGGGCCAUUUACUUAAGAGUUCACAGCUUUUAGGGAAAAAAAGGGAGUUGGGAAACAUCUAGUUUUGAAUUAGAUACAAAUCUUGAAAAUUAUGAACUAUUGGCAGCUGUUAAAUCAGAUGGAACCACAAACAAGAAUUCUCUCGUCAAGCAAGACCAGUAAGUUAGAAGACUGUAAUAAUUCCAGUUUUCUCCCUUUCUUCUCCUUUUCAUGAAAUCAGAGUGAUGAGAAACUGCUCUUUGAAAUACCUCCAAAGGUAUUGUAUUGUGUCCCUUUCCCCUCCACGCGGCCCUCUGCAUUUUUGCUCAGGCAACCAAGGACAUAGAGUAAUUGGCAGAAACAUGGAGUGCUUUUGUAUAGGACAUCUGUACAUAAAAGUGUAAUUAUUUAUUUAAUUUUCCCAUUUGUAUCAUAUUAAAGCUUUGUACAGUGUUUUAAGUUCUGUUUUAAAAUUAUUUUGUAUUUUAUUUUUAUAAUCUAGUAAUAAAAUAUCCAUUCCGCAUGCAAA